AUGGGACACUACGUUACUCUUGCCACUUGUAACCUUAACCAAUGGGCUCUCGAUUUCGAGGGAAAUCGAGACAGAAUUUUAGAGUCGAUUAGACAAGCGAAGGCCAAAGGAGCCAGAUUGAGAGUUGGACCUGAAUUGGAAAUCUGUGGGUACGGAUGCUUGGACCAUUUUGGGGAAAAUGACCUUUAUGACCAUUCCUGGGAUAUGUACGAGCAGAUUCUCACAAACCCUGAGACUCAUGGGAUCUUGCUUGAUAUCGGUAUGCCAAUUAUCCACAAGACCAUCAAGUACAACUGUAGAAUCAUUUCUUUCGAUGGGAAGAUCUUACUAAUUAGACCUAAGUUGCACCUAGCCAACGACGGGAACUACAGAGAGAUGAGAUUCUUCACACCAUGGAAUAGACCUAAGUACUACGAAGAAUUCAGAUUGCCCAAGAGAUUGGGAGGUGGGUACGUUGCCUUUGGGGACUGUAUCAUCAAUACCUUGGAUACAUGCUUCGGGGCUGAGACAUGUGAAGAAUUAUUCACCCCACAGUCUCCUCACAUUGCAAUGGCUUUAGAUGGGGUAGAAAUCUUUACAAACUCUUCAGGUUCUCAUCAUGAACUUAGAAAAUUGGACACUAGAAUGCAACUUAUCACCGAAGCUACAAAGAAGUGUGGGGGUGUCUACUUGUACCUGAAUCAAAAGGGUUGUGAUGGUGAUAGACUCUACUACGAUGGUUGCGCAUGCAUUGUUGUCAAUGGGGAAAUGGUUGCACAGGCAAGUCAAUUUUCUUUGGCAGACGUUGAAGUCAUCACUGCAACCAUUGACUUGGAUGAUGUUAGAGCUUAUCGAAACCAAAAGCUGUCUCAGAUGCAAUCAGUGGAACAGCCCGAGCAGUAUCAUAGUAUUAAAACAGAAAUUGAGUUAUGCCCCACUGAGAGCGUUUUUGAUCCUGAUUUGAAACCGUCAAAUCCUCAGCCAGUCAGGUAUCACUUGCCAGAAGAAGAAAUUGCCUUGGGCCCAGCCUGCUGGUUGUGGGAUUACCUUAGAAGAAGUAAGACCGGUGGAUUUUUCUUGCCAUUGAGUGGAGGAAUUGAUUCCUGUGCUACCGCCGUUCUCGUUCAUCUGAUGUGUCGUCUUGUUGUUAAAUCUUGCGCUGAAGGUGAUCAGCAAGUGAUUAAGGAUGUUCAGUUUGUUUGUCGUCAGGAAUCGGAUUGGAUCCCCAAGACGCCACAAGAAAUCGCUCAAAAUAUAUUUUAUUCAUCGUUCAUGGGCACUGAAAAUUCCUCUUUUGACACUAGAGACAGGGCUAAGAAGUUGGCUAAAGAGAUUGGUUCUUAUCAUAUUGAUAUGAAUAUGGACACCUUGGUCAGUAGUGUUAUUACUGUCUUCGAAGUGGCUACUGGGAAGCGUCCUAUUUUCAAAGUAUUUGGAGGCAGUCAAACUGAAAACUUGGCGCUUCAAAAUAUCCAAGCAAGACUUAGAAUGGUUUUGGCUUACCUUUUCGCUCAAUUGUUGCCUUGGACUCGUAAUAAGACAAGCGGAGGGUUGCUUGUAUUGGGUAGUGCCAAUGUUGACGAGUGUUUGAGAGGUUACUUGACUAAGUACGAUUGCUCCUCUGCUGAUAUCAAUCCAAUUGGUGGAAUCUCCAAAACUGAUUUGAAGAAAUUUAUCGCCUGGGCUGCCAAAAACUUUGAUAUGCCAAUUUUAAUUGACUUCCUUGACGCAACCCCUACCGCCGAAUUGGAACCAAUUACCGAAAAUUACGUUCAAAGUGAUGAAAUUGAUAUGGGUAUGACAUAUGACGAACUCUCUAGGUUUGGAAGAUUACGUAAGGUGGAGAAAUGUGGACCAUUGGCAAUGUUUAUCAAAUUAUAUCAUGAAUGGUCUUUACCACCAUAUAAUUUAACAGCUGAGCAGGUCGCUGAAAAGGUUAAGAGAUUUUGGUUCUUCUACGCCAUUAAUAGACAUAAGAUGACUACAAUGACCCCUGCGUACCAUGCAGAACAAUACUCGCCGGAUGACAACAGAUUCGACUUGAGACCAUUUUUGAUCAACCCAAGAUUUCCAUGGGCUACCAAGAAGAUUGACGAAGUAGUGGCAGUUAUUACUAAAAGAGAAGAAGAGAUUAAGGCAAAUAAUUUGAGUGUUGAGUAG